AUGCAUGUUCUCUCCUUGUUCAUGGCCGCAUUGGCGCCAGCGACUCUCAUCAAUGGCAGUCCCAUUCUAGGGCAUCAUGAACAAAAGAACGCCUCCAUUGAUCACGGCAAUAUCGUAUCGCAUGUUCGCGUCAAGCGUGAUGUUCCACUGACCGCUCGAGACAUUGAAGAAGCUGAUCAACACGGCGUAGAUCUUAACAAGAUGUACAAACACUCCAUCCUGAAGCACUCUGAUGGUAGUGAUUACUCUAUCUGGGUCCACAGCUCAUUCAACCCUAAUUUCCUUGCUGAUGAAGAGAGUGGAAAUGACGUCCCCGAUCUGGGGAAGCGCUGGGACGGGUUUACCGGCGCGUACAACAGAAUGCCCAAACAGUUUAAACUAGAUGAAGAUUCGAAUACAUGCUCAUGGUCAGAUUGGGUAAAGCGAACGGACAAACACUCGGCAUUCGCGGGCGGAGCUGAUGCCAUUAUCCAAUGGACUCGGAAGAACCGGGGCGGCUGGAAGCUUGGCCCUGACGACGCUUACUACAGCAGCGAUAUUCUGGUAGGAGGCUCCAACACGGGCGCCAACAUGAGAUUCUCCGUUCGAAAGAGCCAGGGCCGUACUGUCAUCCUGGGGACUAAAGAUGUCGGCGACGUCACACGUGAUGCUUUUCACAAAUUCCGAAGGAAGAUUAAUGGUGUGUGGCGUAUGGCUGGCAAGGGGAAGAUGCGUUGCUGGACUGGGGAUGAUGGUGCUAGCUUGCUUUGGUGGGAGAUUGACCGAAGUGAUAGGGACGUCGAGGCCGAAAAUCCUCGUCCACCAAAAAGUGAUUCAUACCAGCCAAAACCAAAGGAACAAGCCGCACCCUCACACUACCCGCAGACGGAACAGUACCAGGAGCCUAACCCCCAGCAGCAGCAAGAGUAUCAUAGCCCGCCACAACAUUACUACCAGCCAGAACGCUAUCCACAGACAGAGCACCACUAUAAUCCUCAGACAGUGUACUAUUCCAAUCCAGUAACACAGCCCAAGCCACCAAAAUACCAACAACCAUAUUACCCCCCUGAGGUAGCGCCCCAGCCAAAGACAGUACAUCACAUACACCACAUGGAGGCGACGCACCGACCAAGGCCAGUAUCGCCACCAGUAAAUCACGUAUACGACCACAAGGUGACAUACCGACCAAAACCAGCACCAACGCCACCACCACCACCAGUACAUCACAUACACCACUACCCGAAGAUAUACCAAUCAUCACCGCCGCCAGCGCCACCAGCACUAUCACCAGCACUACCACCAGCACUGCCGCCAUCGAUCCCGCCGGGAGGAUAUCGACCGGGAGAGGGCCCUCCAGGAUAUUAUCAAUCACCCCCAGCAGUUCAGUAUCAUCACCACGAUCAAGCGGGCUACAAACAUCGACCAGGCUGCGUGGGUUGUAAUUCGCGGCCAAAGUGA